AUGGCCGAAUCCGCGUCGAAGGUCAUUCACGUGCGCAAUGUGCCAUCUGAGGCCACGGAGCUCGAUGUGCAGCAACUGGCGCAGAACUUCGGACCUGUUCAGAGGGUCGUCGUCAUGAGAGCCAAGAACCAGGCCCUCAUUGAGAUGCAGGACAUUGCAGCUGCGAUCAACAUGAUCCAAUUCUACACUGGCGUGCAGGCCUCCAUCAAGGGGAGGAACGUGUACUGCCAGUUCUCCUCGCAUCAGGUCCUCACGCCCAACGAGAAUCCGGGCAGGACGCACCAGGAGGGUGCCCCUAACCGCAUAAUCCUAGUCACAAUCCACAACCCGCUCUAUCCCAUCAACGUGGAUGUGCUUCACCAAGUCUUUUCUCCCCAUGGCUUUGUUGAGAAGAUCGUCACUUUCCAGAAAGCUGCUGGGCUGCAGGCGCUGGUGCAGUACAACAACCAGGCGAGUGCGGCCGCCGCCAAGACCAACCUGCAGGGCCGCAACAUCUACGACGGCUGCUGCACGCUCGACAUCCAGUUCUCCAAUCUGACGGAGUUGCAGGUGCAUUACAACAACGAGCGCACCAGGGACUAUGUCAACCAGCUGCCGGAUCAGCCCGGCAAGGCGCCCGGUGGUAUGAUGCAGACGUCACUGUUUGGCGAGGGUGGGAAUGUGUAUGGCGCCAUGCCUGGGCAACGGCCGGGUGUGUUCCCCGGACAGAUGGGGCAGAUGGGGCAGAUGGGGCAGAUGGGCCAGAUGGGGCAGCCGGGCAUGCCGCAGCCUGGCAUGGGCGGCCUCAACGCCUACGGGAACCCCGGCAUGGCAGCAGCAGCGGCAGCUCAGAUGUUUGGGGGCAACCUCCCUCCUGGUGUGACGGGCACCAACGACCGCUGCACUCUGCUCAUCUCCAACAUCCACCAUGAGGUGGUGGACGCGGACAAGCUGUUCAACCUGGUGUCCAACUACGGCAAUGUGGUGCGGAUCAAGUUCCUUCACAACAAGCCUGACCAUGCGCUCGUGCAGCUCGCCGAUGGGCUUCAGGCAGAGCUUGCUGUCACUUAUCUCAAGGUAUGUCUUGUGCUGGUGUGUGUGCUGUAUGCUCUGUCUGUGUGGCGCCACGUGGUGAGCAUCAAGUUCCUUUACAACAAGCCUGACCAUGCGCUCGUGCAGCUCGCCGAUGGGCUUCAGACAGAGCUUGCUGUCACUUAUCUCAAGGUAUGUCUUGUGCUGGUGUGUGUGCUGUAUGCUCUGUCUGUGUGGCGCCACGUGGUGAGCAUCAAGUUCCUUCACAACAAGCCUGACCAUGCGCUCGUGCAGCUCGCCGAUGGGCUUCAGGCAGAGCUUGCUGUCACUUAUCUCAAGGUAUGUCUUGUGCUGGUGUGUGUGCUGUAUGCUCUGUCUGUGUGGCGCCACGUGGUGAGCAUCAAGUUCCUUUACAACAAGCCUGACCAUGCGCUCGUGCAGCUCGCCGAUGGGCUUCAGACAGAGCUUGCUGUCACUUAUCUCAAGGUAUGUCUUGUGCUGGUGUGUGUGCUGUAUGCUCUGUCUGUGUGGCGCCACGUGGUGAGCAUCAAGUUCCUUCACAACAAGCCUGACCAUGCGCUCGUGCAGCUCGCCGAUGAGCUUCAGGCAGAGCUUGCUGUCACUUAUCUCAAGGUAUGUCUUGUGCUGGUGUGUGUGCUGUAUGCUCUGUCUGUGUGGCGCCACGUGGUGAGCAUCAAGUUCCUUCACAACAAGCCUGACCACGUGCUCGUGCAGCUCGCCGAUGAGCUUCAGGCAGAGCUUGCUGUCACUUAUCUCAAGGUAUGUCUUGUGCUGGUGUGUGUGCUGUAUGCUCUGUCUGUGUGGCGCCACGUGGUGAGCAUCAAGUUCCUUCACAACAAGCCUGACCAUGCGCUCGUGCAGCUCGCCGAUGAGCUUCAGGCAGAGCUUGCUGUCACUUAUCUCAAGGUAUGUCUUGUGCUGGUGUGUGUGCUGUAUGCUCUGUCUGUGUGGCGCCACGUGGUGAGCAUCAAGUUCCUUUACAACAAGCCUGACCAUGCGCUCGUGCAGCUCGCCGAUGGGCUUCAGGCAGAGCUUGCUGUCACUUAUCUCAAGGUAUGUCUUGUGCUGGUGUGUGUGCUGUAUGCUCUGUCUGUGUGGCGCCACGUGGUGAGCAUCAAGUUCCUUUACAACAAGCCUGACCAUGCGCUCGUGCAGCUCGCCGAUGGGCUUCAGGCAGAGCUUGCUGUCACUUAUCUCAAGGUAUGUCUUGUGCUGGUGUGUGUGCUGUAUGCUCUGUCUGUGUGGCGCCACGUGGUGAGCAUCAAGUUCCUUUACAACAAGCCUGACCAUGCGCUCGUGCAGCUCGCCGAUGGGCUUCAGGCAGAGCUUGCUGUCACUUAUCUCAAGGUAUAUCUUGUGCUGGUGUGUGUGCUGUAUGCUCUGUCUGUGUGGCGCCACGUGGUGAGCAUCAAGUUCCUUUACAACAAGCCUGACCAUGCGCUCGUGCAGCUCGCCGAUGGGCUUCAGACAGAGCUUGCUGUCACUUAUCUCAAGGUAUGUCUUGUGCUGGUGUGUGUGCUGUAUGCUCUGUCUGUGUGGCGCCACGUGGUGAGCAUCAAGUUCCUUCACAACAAGCCUGACCAUGCGCUCGUGCAGCUCGCCGAUGGGCUUCAGGCAGAGCUUGCUGUCACUUAUCUCAAGGUAUGUCUUGUGCUGGUGUGUGUGCUGUAUGCUCUGUCUGUGUGGCGCCACGUGGUGAGCAUCAAGUUCCUUUACAACAAGCCUGACCAUGCGCUCGUGCAGCUCGCCGAUGGGCUUCAGGCAGAGCUUGCUGUCACUUAUCUCAAGGUAUGUCUUGUGCUGGUGUGUGUGCUGUAUGCUCUGUCUGUGUGGCGCCACGUGGUGAGCAUCAAGUUCCUUUACAACAAGCCUGACCAUGCGCUCGUGCAGCUCGCCGAUGGGCUUCAGACAGAGCUUGCUGUCACUUAUCUCAAGGUAUGUCUUGUGCUGGUGUGUGUGCUGUAUGCUCUGUCUGUGUGGCGCCACGUGGUGAGCAUCAAGUUCCUUCACAACAAGCCUGACCAUGCGCUCGUGCAGCUCGCCGAUGAGCUUCAGGCAGAGCUUGCUGUCACUUAUCUCAAGGUAUGUCUUGUGCUGGUGUGUGUGCUGUAUGCUCUGUCUAUGUGGCGCCACGUGGUGAGCAUCAAGUUCCUUCACAACAAGCCUGACCAUGCGCUCGUGCAGCUCGCCGAUGGGCUUCAGGCAGAGCUUGCUGUCACUUAUCUCAAGGUAUGUCUUGUGCUGGUGUGUGUGCUGUAUGCUCUGUCUGUGUGGCGCCACGUGGUGAGCAUCAAGUUCCUUUACAACAAGCCUGACCAUGCGCUCGUGCAGCUCGCCGAUGGGCUUCAGACAGAGCUUGCUGUCACUUAUCUCAAGGUAUGUCUUGUGCUGGUGUGUGUGCUGUAUGCUCUGUCUGUGUGGCGCCACGUGGUGAGCAUCAAGUUCCUUCACAACAAACCUGACCAUGCGCUCGUGCAGCUCGCCGAUGGGCUUCAGGCAGAGCUUGCUGUCACUUAUCUCAAGGUAUGUCUUGUGCUGGUGUGUGUGCUGUAUGCUCUGUCUGUGUGGCGCCACGUGGUGAGCAUCAAGUUCCUUUACAACAAGCCUGACCAUGCGCUCGUGCAGCUCGCCGAUGGGCUUCAGGCAGAGCUUGCUGUCACUUAUCUCAAGGUAUGUCUUGUGCUGGUGUGUGUGCUGUAUGCUCUGUCUGUGUGGCGCCACAUGGUGAGCAUCAAGUUCCUUUACAACAAGCCUGACCAUGCGCUCGUGCAGCUCGCCGAUGGGCUUCAGACAGAGCUUGCUGUCACUUAUCUCAAGGUAUGUCUUGUGCUGGUGUGUGUGCUGUAUGCUCUGUCUGUGUGGCGCCACGUGGUGAGCAUCAAGUUCCUUCACAACAAGCCUGACCAUGCGCUCGUGCAGCUCGCCGAUGAGCUUCAGGCAGAGCUUGCUGUCACUUAUCUCAAGGUAUGUCUUGUGCUGGUGUGUGUGCUGUAUGCUCUGUCUAUGUGGCGCCACGUGGUGAGCAUCAAGUUCCUUCACAACAAGCCUGACCAUGCGCUCGUGCAGCUCGCCGAUGGGCUUCAGGCAGAGCUUGCUGUCACUUAUCUCAAGGUAUGUCUUGUGCUGGUGUGUGUGCUGUAUGCUCUGUCUGUGUGGCGCCACGUGGUGAGCAUCAAGUUCCUUUACAACAAGCCUGACCAUGCGCUCGUGCAGCUCGCCGAUGGGCUUCAGACAGAGCUUGCUGUCACUUAUCUCAAGGUAUGUCUUGUGCUGGUGUGUGUGCUGUAUGCUCUGUCUGUGUGGCGCCACGUGGUGAGCAUCAAGUUCCUUCACAACAAGCCUGACCAUGCGCUCGUGCAGCUCGCCGAUGAGCUUCAGGCAGAGCUUGCUGUCACUUAUCUCAAGGUAUGUCUUGUGCUGGUGUGUGUGCUGUAUGCUCUGUCUGUGUGGCGCCACGUGGUGAGCAUCAAGUUCCUUCACAACAAGCCUGACCAUGCGCUCGUGCAGCUCGCCGAUGGGCUUCAGGCAGAGCUUGCUGUCACUUAUCUCAAGGUAUGUCUUGUGCUGGUGUGUGUGCUGUAUGCUCUGUCUGUGUGGCGCCACGUGGUGAGCAUCAAGUUCCUUUACAACAAGCCUGACCAUGCGCUCGUGCAGCUCGCCGAUGGGCUUCAGGCAGAGCUUGCUGUCACUUAUCUCAAGGUAUGUCUUGUGCUGGUGUGUGUGCUGUAUGCUCUGUCUGUGUGGCGCCACGUGGUGAGCAUCAAGUUCCUUUACAACAAGCCUGACCAUGCGCUCGUGCAGCUCGCCGAUGGGCUUCAGACAGAGCUUGCUGUCACUUAUCUCAAGGUAUGUCUUGUGCUGGUGUGUGUGCUGUAUGCUCUGUCUGUGUGGCGCCACGUGGUGAGCAUCAAGUUCCUUCACAACAAGCCUGACCAUGCGCUCGUGCAGCUCGCCGAUGAGCUUCAGGCAGAGCUUGCUGUCACUUAUCUCAAGGUAUGUCUUGUGCUGGUGUGUGUGCUGUAUGCUCUGUCUAUGUGGCGCCACGUGGUGAGCAUCAAGUUCCUUCACAACAAGCCUGACCAUGCGCUCGUGCAGCUCGCCGAUGGGCUUCAGGCAGAGCUUGCUGUCACUUAUCUCAAGGUAUGUCUUGUGCUGGUGUGUGUGCUGUAUGCUCUGUCUGUGUGGCGCCACGUGGUGAGCAUCAAGUUCCUUUACAACAAGCCUGACCAUGCGCUCGUGCAGCUCGCCGAUGGGCUUCAGGCAGAGCUUGCUGUCACUUAUCUCAAGGUAUGUCUUGUGCUGGUGUGUGUGCUGUAUGCUCUGUCUGUGUGGCGCCACGUGGUGAGCAUCAAGUUCCUUUACAACAAGCCUGACCAUGCGCUCGUGCAGCUCGCCGAUGGGCUUCAGACAGAGCUUGCUGUCACUUAUCUCAAGGUAUGUCUUGUGCUGGUGUGUGUGCUGUAUGCUCUGUCUGUGUGGCGCCACGUGGUGAGCAUCAAGUUCCUUCACAACAAGCCUGACCAUGCGCUCGUGCAGCUCGCCGAUGAGCUUCAGGCAGAGCUUGCUGUCACUUAUCUCAAGGUAUGUCUUGUGCUGGUGUGUGUGCUGUAUGCUCUGUCUGUGUGGCGCCACGUGGUGAGCAUCAAGUUCCUUCACAACAAGCCUGACCAUGCGCUCGUGCAGCUCGCCGAUGGGCUUCAGGCAGAGCUUGCUGUCACUUAUCUCAAGGUAUGUCUUGUGCUGGUGUGUGUGCUGUAUGCUCUGUCUGUGUGGCGCCACGUGGUGAGCAUCAAGUUCCUUCACAACAAGCCUGACCAUGCGCUCGUGCAGCUCACCGAUGAGCUUCAGGCAGAGCUUGCUGUCACUUAUCUCAAGGUAUGUCUUGUGCUGGUGUGUGUGCUGUAUGCUCUGUCUGUGUGGCGCCACGUGGUGAGCAUCAAGUUCCUUCACAACAAGCCUGACCAUGCGCUCGUGCAGCUCGCCGAUGGGCUUCAGGCAGAGCUUGCUGUCACUUAUCUCAAGGUAUGUCUUGUGCUGGUGUGUGUGCUGUAUGCUCUGUCUGUGUGGCGCCACGUGGUGAGCAUCAAGUUCCUUCACAACAAGCCUGACCACGUGCUCGUGCAGCUCGCUGGCGGGCUUCAGGCAGAGCUCGCCGUCACCUACCUCAAGAGCAUCAAGUUCCUUCGCAACAAGACCAACCAUGCGCGCGUGCAGCUUGCUGACGGGCUGCAGGCAGACCUCGCUGCUACCUACCUCAAGGGCGCAGCUGUGUUUGGCAAGCGGCUGGAGGGCGCCACUGUCUUCGGCAAGCGACUGGAGGGCGCCGCCGUGUUUGGCAAGCGCCUGGAGCAGGGUGCUGCCGUGUUUGGGAAGCGGCUGGAGGGCGCCGCCGUGUUUGGCAAGCGCCUGGAGGUGAACUAUUCCAAGUACCCGCCCAUCAACCCAUCGGCCGACACCAAGGACUACUCCACCGCCAACCUGAACCUCCUGUGUUUCCCUCUUUCUCAUCACUCCCCUCUUGGCGCCGCCGUGUUUGGCAAGCGCCUGGAGGGCGCCGCCAUGUUUGGCAAGCGCCUGGAGGGCGCCACCGUGUUUGGCAAGCGCCUGGAGGGCGCCGCCGUGUUUGGCAAGCGCCUGGAGGUGAACUAUUCCAAGUACCCGUCCAUCAACCCAUCGGCCGACACCAAGGACUACUCCACCGCCAACCUGAACCUCCUGUGUUUCCCUCUUUCUCAUCACUCCCCUCUUCAGGGUGCUGCCGUGUUUGGGAAGCGGCUGGAGGUGAAUUACUCCAAGUACCCAUCCAUCAACCCAUCAGCCGACACGAAAGACUACUCCACCUCCAACCUGAACCGCUUCGGCCGCAACGCGCCCAAGAACUACCGCCACUGCUGCGCGCCCACACGCAUGCUGCACUGCAGCAACCUGCCGGUCGACGCCAGUGCUGACAUGGUGGUAGAGCACAUGGCACCGCACGGGCCCGUGCUGGGGUCCAAGGUGAUUGACAAGGACGGGAAGAAGCAGGUGCUCGUGCUGUUCGAGACGGUUGAGGCGGCCACUGAUGCGCUUGUGGCAAAGCAUGCGACGCCCAUUGGUGGGCAGGUUAUCAGGCUUGCUUUUUCCAAGAGCCAAAAUCUGUAG